AUGACAAACUCAUUUGCUGAAGUGGUUGGCAAAGGCGGAUUUGGAACAGUCUAUAGAGGAACCCUAUGUGAUGGCCGUACUGUUGCGGUGAAGAUCUUGAAAGACUCAAAGGGUACUAAUGGUGAAGACUUCAUCAACGAAGUUGCAAGCAUCAGCAAAACCUCUCAUGUCAACAUUGUUGACCUCCUUGGGUUCUGCUCUCAAGGUUCCAAGAGAGCAAUCAUUUACGAAUUUUUGGAAAAUGGAUCUCUUGAUCAGUUCAUCUCAAGCGAUAUCUCAAUGAACAUGGAUAGGAAGGUCUUGUAUGAGAUCGCGCUAGGCGUUGCUAGAGGUCUAGAGUACUUGCACUAUGGCUGCAAAACGAGGAUCGUGCACUUCGAUAUCAAACCUCAAAAUGUGUUGUUGGAUACUAAUCUUUGUCCCAAAGUUUCUGACUUUGGCCUCGCUAAGCUCUGCGAGAGGAAAGGAAGCAUGAUGUCACUACUAGACACAAGAGGAACGAUUGGUUACAUUGCACCCGAAGUUUUUUCAAGAAUGUAUCGCAGGGUUUCCCACAAAUCAGAUGUGUAUAGCUAUGGAAUGUUGGUUCUUGAGAUGAUCGGAGCAAGGAACAAAGAAAGAGCUGAUCAAACCUCUGCAUCUAACGCAAGCUCAAUGUACUUCCCUGAAUGGAUAUACAAGGAUCUUGAGAAGAGAGACAAUGAAAGGCCUACAGAGAAUGGAAUCAGCAGCGAAGACGAGGAGGUAACAAUGAAGAUGACACUAGUAGGUUUGUGGUGUAUUCAAACUUCCCCAUCAGAUCGCCCAACGAUGAACAGAGUUGUAGAGAUGAUGGAAGGAAGUGUUGAUGCUCUUGAAGCCCCUCCUCGGCCUGUUUUCCAAAUUCCAGCAGCGCCUUUUCAAGACUCUUCUAUUUUUCCAGUCUCAGACGAUAUAUCAGGUUAUACAGAAGUAUGUUCCUCGAAGGAAGCCUCCUUGGAACCUAUGAAUGUAUAA